AGGCGGUUGGUGUGACCAGUCAGCGACCUGUGUUUUGCCCUUACCACAAAAAGGAGCAGCUGAAGUUGUAUUGUGAAACCUGUGACAAGCUGACCUGCCGAGACUGUCAGUUACUAGAACACAAAGAGCACAGGUACCAGUUUAUAGAAGAAGCUUUUCAAAACCAGAAAGUGAUCAUUGAGAUGCUAAUCACCAAACUGAUGGAGAAGACUAAGUACAUAAAAUAUACAGGGAAGCAGAUCCAAAACAGAAUUCUUGAAGUGAAUCAGAAUCAAAAGCAAGUGGAACAGGAUAUUAAAGUUGCCAUAUUUACACUGAUGGUAGAAAUAAACAAAAAGGGAAAAGCUCUGCUGCAUCAGUUGGAGACUCUGGCAAAAGAGCAUCGGAUGAAACUUCUGCAGCAGCAACAGGAAGUGGCAGGUCUCUCUAAACAGCUGGAACACGUCAUGAAUUUUUCCAAAUGGGCAGUUUCCAGUGGAAGCAGCACAGCACUACUGUACAGCAAACGCUUG